AUGCGACAAAAUGACAACGAAAAGCAAAUAUGUCCAAUCCCAGGACCUCAAGGUCUACCAUUCCUCGGGAAUAUCCUGGACAUCGAUCUAGACAAUGGUACCAUGUCCACGCUGAAGAUCGCGAAAACCUACUACCCUAUUUUUAAGUUCACCUUCGCGGGAGAGACAUCCAUUGUCAUAAAUAGCGUGGCCCUGCUUUCUGAACUCUGCGAUGAAACCCGAUUCCACAAGCAUGUCUCCUUUGGCCUCGAGCUACUCCGCUCCGGUACACAUGAUGGGUUAUUUACUGCGUACGAUCAUGAAAAGAACUGGGAGCUUGCCCAUCGGCUGCUAGUGCCAGCGUUUGGUCCAUUACGAAUCCGUGAGAUGUUUCCACAGAUGCAUGAUAUCGCGCAGCAACUAUGUCUCAAAUGGCAGCGCUAUGGUCCAAGGAGGCCCUUGAAUCUGGUUGACGAUUUCACUCGCACUACUCUUGAUACCAUCGCGUUAUGUGCGAUGGGCUACCGAUUCAACAGCUUCUAUUCCGAAGGUGACUUUCAUCCCUUCAUCAAGAGCAUGGUCAGAUUCCUGAAAGAGGCGGAAACACAGGCAACUCUGCCUUCAUUUAUCAGCAACCUUCGUGUUCGUGCGAAGAGGAGGACUCAAUUAGAUAUUGAUCUUAUGCGCACCGUGUGUCGCGAAAUUGUUACUGAGCGCCGGCAGACGAACCUUGAUCACAAGAAUGACCUACUUGACACAAUGCUGACCUCUCGAGACAGCUUAUCUGGGGAUGCGUUAAGCGACGAAUCGAUCAUCGAUAACAUCCUGACAUUUUUAGUCGCUGGCCACGAGACUACUUCAGGGCUCCUGUCGUUUGCGGUGUACUACCUUUUGACAACGCCUGAUGCCAUGGCCAAGGCAGCUCAUGAGGUAGACGAUGUCGUGGGCGACCAAGAGCUCACGAUUGAGCACCUCUCAAUGCUGAAAUACCUCAAUGCUAUUCUUCGUGAGACUUUACGAUUAAUGCCCACCGCACCUGGGUUUAGCGUCACGCCCUAUAAACCGGAGAUCAUUGGGGGCAAAUACGAAGUCAAACCAGGAGACUCACUAGAUGUGUUCCUCGCGGCUGUGCAUCGAGAUCCUGCCGUAUACGGGUCUGACGCAGAUGAGUUUCGCCCGGAAAGGAUGUCAGAUGAACACUUCCAAAAGCUCCCGGCCAACUCGUGGAAACCCUUCGGUAAUGGUAAAAGGAGUUGCAUUGGGCGGGCUUUUGCGUGGCAGGAGGCCCUGAUGAUCCUGGCCUUGAUUCUGCAGAGCUUUAGUCUCAAUUUGGUUGACAGGGGCUAUACCUUAAAACUCAAAGAGUCGCUCACUAUAAAACCAGAUAACCUGUGGGCCUAUGCAACACCACGACCGGGCCGAAACGUGCUCCACACCCGAUUAGCGCUCCAAACAAACAGUACACACCCUGAGGGCCUAAUGUCCUUAAAGCAUGAGACGGUAGAAUCCCAACCAGCAACCAUCCUUUAUGGCUCGAACAGCGGAACUUGCGAGGCCCUGGCCCAUCGAUUGGCCAUCGAAAUGAGCAGCAAGGGCCGAUUCGUAUGCAAGGUACAACCUAUGGACGCAAUCGAGCACCGCCGACUUCCCCGAGGCCAACCGGUGAUAAUUAUCACUGGAUCAUACGAUGGAAGGCCGCCUGAAAACGCACGGCAUUUUGUCAAGUGGCUCCAGUCCCUAAAGGGGAAUGACCUGGAAGGGAUUCAGUACGCCGUCUUCGGAUGCGGUUUGCCAGGACAUCACGACUGGUCGACCACCUUCUAUAAAAUUCCCACCCUCAUAGAUACUAUAAUGGCGGAACAUGGUGGAGCUCGUCUAGCCCCGCGAGGGUCGGCGGAUACUGCAGAAGAUGACCCCUUCGCGGAAUUAGAGUCAUGGUCGGAAAGGAGCGUCUGGCCUGGUCUUGAGGCUGCCUUCGAUCUUGUGCGCCAUAACUCAUCGGAUGGGACUGGAAAGAGCACCAGGAUAACCAUUCGAUCACCCUACACGUUGCGCGCUGCUCACGAAACAGCUGUCGUUCAUCAAGUUCGCGUGUUGACAUCCGCGGAAACCACUAAGAAAGUCCAUGUUGAGCUGGCCCUGCCAGAUACAAUCAACUACCGUCCUGGUGAUCAUCUAGCCAUUUUGCCCCUUAACUCUCGGCAGAGUGUGCAGCGGGUACUUUCACUUUUCCAAAUCGGUUCAGAUACCAUUUUGUAUAUGACUUCUAGCAGUGCCACCUCCUUGCCGACAGAUACCCCUAUAUCUGCCCACGACCUGUUGAGCGGCUAUGUGGAAUUGAAUCAAGUGGCUACGCCCACUAGCUUGAGAUCGUUGGCUGCGAAAGCCACCGAUGAGAAAACUGCAGAGUAUCUUGAAGCCCUCGCCACAGAUCGAUACACAACGGAAGUCCGGGGAAACCAUUUGUCCCUAUUGGACAUAUUAGAAAGCUAUUCCGUACCCUCGAUUGAAAUUCAGCAUUAUAUCCAGAUGUUGCCUCUCCUUCGGCCCCGCCAAUACACCAUUUCCUCAUCUCCGCGAUUGAACCGUGGCCAGGCUUCAUUGACUGUUUCUGUUAUGGAGAGAGCAGACGUUGGCGGGCCUAGAAACUGUGCUGGGGUAGCAUCAAACUACCUAGCGAGCUGCACACCCGGGUCGAUCCUCCGAGUGUCUCUGCGGCAGGCAAAUCCUGACUUCAGACUCCCAGAUGAGUCGUGCUCUCACCCCAUAAUCAUGGUUGCCGCUGGAUCAGGCAUUGCACCCUUCCGCGCAUUUGUCCAGGAAAGAUCCGUCCGACAGAAGGAAGGAAUCAUCUUACCCCCGGCCUUCCUGUUUUUCGGUUGCAGGAGAGCUGACUUGGAUGAUCUCUAUCGCGAGGAGUUGGAUGCUUUCGAGGAACAAGGGGUGGUAACGCUCUUUAGAGCUUUUAGCAGAGCUCAGAGCGAGAGCCAUGGCUGCAAAUACGUCCAAGAUUUGCUAUGGAUGGAAAGAGUGAGGGUGAAAACGCUUUGGGGACAAGAUGCUAAGGUCUUCGUCUGCGGCAGCGUUAGAAUGAAUGAAGGGGUGAAGGCGAUAAUUUCAAAGAUUGUUUCUCCUACACCGACGGAAGAACUCGCGCGGCGAUAUAUAGCUGAGACUUUUAUAUGA